CCCACUAGCCUUUUGAUUUUAAAAUCAAGGAUCGUAAACGAUAUAAUCUAUAGAUCUCAAUGCCGCAGAAAUCAGGCUAUCAAGAAAAUAAAUCAAGUUUAUAGUGCUGACAGUGUAUUUGAAAUAAUAGCUGAUGUUUAAAUUAGAACAUCAAAAUUACCAGUGUUUAAAAAAAUUUCAUUAGCGUCCAAGAACUUCUGUAAGAAUCAGUUUUUUUCACAAAAAAGAAAAUGAUUGGCACGAAGCUCCUCGCCUUGAUCGUGGUUUUCAUUUUUUCUGUUGAUUCAUGUUCAGCUUCGGGUAUGGAGGGACGUAAAAAUGUAAAUAGGCGGCGUUUACAUGGAUCAAGCAGUAAUCAACCAACCAACGAUGAAGGUCCACCAGGUGAUAGUAAUUUGUAUUCAGCGCAUACUAAUGUAAUAUCUAGCCGCAUCAAUAGUAUGCACGCAAAUUACGAACAGCAUUCUAAUCAAGAACACAUCAAUAAUCAUUACCAGCGACACAUUGCUGGGCGAAAUCGUAAAAAUACACCAGAGGCACCACUGGUAGCGCAGGACCAUUCUCACUACUUAUAUGAUCAAGAAGGUGAAAAUAAUUAUUCAUUAUUGAAUACUGGUUCAAUACCUGGUCACACUAAUUUCGCUCAUCAACUUAAUCCGACACAACAAUUUAAUCCGACUCAACAACUUAAUCCGACUCAGCAUCUUGAUCCGAAUCUAAGUUUUGAUCCGAAUUUACAUAAUCUUGAUGUAAAUUAUUUCUCUCAAAAUCACCUUUUUAAUCCUCAGCAAAGCAAUAUUCCGUAUGAUCCCGCCAGUUUUCAAAAUCAACCUCAUAAUCAAUAUCUACAUCCUCCACAAAACCCAAGACGUCAUUAGUUGCUUCCUUGGGUUUAUCCACUUGAUGCAAGAAUAGUUGGUCUCCACCUAAUCAAGUUCGUCAAUGUUGAAAAUACGAAGGAUAAUUGGUUCUUUAUUGAGCAAUGAGCAUAAGUAUUGGUGAAAAACAAAAUUCCCUGCUUGAUCCCUUCAGUUCUCCAGAUCAACCUCAUAAUCAAAAUCCUGAUAAAGAACAAGAACAUCAUUAUUUAAAUCCUUGGGUUCAUCCACUUGAUUCACGAAAAGUUGGUCUAGAUGAUGGAACACCCAAUCAAUUCCAUCAAUGUUAAAAAUAUGGAACGAUUCGCAUGAGGUGUACAGUUCUCCUAAUCUAGCUCAUAUUCGAAAUCUUCAUCCUGGCAAAGAACAAGAACAUGAGAUACAUCUUUGCGUUUAUCCACCUGAUGCAAGAAAAUUUGGUUUAGAUAAUGGUUCACCUAAUUAAAUUCGUCAAUUUUGAAAAUAUGUAACGAGGCCUUCUUAUUGAGCAGGACGAAUAUUGAAAAGCAAUUCAAUUGUUUUUCACAUAUGGUAUCGAUCAAUACAGCGAACUGCACAAGUUUAAAAUGAUUUUGUGAGAAAAUCACCUGAAACACAAUUGAAAUCCUAGUUUUUUGUGUGUACCUGACUGAAAAAAAAUUGCAAAAUCAAAAUAAAACUACAUGGAAAAUUAAAAAGAUUGCAUGAAAAUUUGAAUUAAUCUCUGUAGGUAUAAUUCUAGUGCCUAAACGUUUUUCAAUUCCAUUUGUUCCCAUAUGGAAGAUAGUUUUUAUACGCUUUAACUAAGAAUUGCGAAGUUAUUUUAUAUCGCGAAUAAAGUAAGAUAAUUAGUAUUAGGUGUGUCAAUAGUUCAAAAUUUUUUAUUUUGAAGCAAUAACUUGUAUAAACAUAAAUAUGUUAUGUCGGUAUCA